GUUUAAAAUGACUGAAUUAAUAUUUUCUACCUAUAUAAGACGCGUCAGUUUGCCAGGUAGUCACAGUUAACUGAAAUAAGUAGAAAUUUCUACUGCUAUCGAAAGAAAUUCUACAUUGGAUAAAAAUGGGCCAACUGUCAAUACUCCUAUCACUUGGAGUUUUAAUAUGCGUGGUAGAACAUUCUACAGGCAUGCCGCCGUAUUACUGGAAUAAUCCCUAUAUGCAAGGUGCUCUCGGUGCUCCCUAUAUGCAAGGUGCUCUCGGGGCUCCCUAUAUGCAAGGUGCUUAUCCACCCAUGUUUCAGCCUUACGCUCCUCUUGUGGCUAUAACAGUAAAAUGUGAAGAAGGAAAUGAAGAAAUUGAAAAUUUUGAGAUCAAGGAAAAAAAUCAUAAAAGCCGAACGAGGAAUAAAAAGAAAGAGGAAUUGAAAGAAGGAGAAAAGAAAAAGGGAAAAGAGGAAAUGGGAAAAAUAGAAGGCAAGGAAUACGAGGAAAGGGAAGAAAAACAUGAAAAAGAAGAGCCAAAGCAAGAGGGCAAAGAAAAAGAAGAACAUAAAGAAGGCGAAGAAAAAGAACUUGUAGAGAAAGGAGAGAAGAAAGAGGAAAAAGGGGAAAAGAAAGAGGAAAAAGGGGAAAAGAAAGAAGAGGAAAAAGGGGAAAACAAAGAAGAGGAAGAAAAAGGGGUGGAAAAUAAAGAGAGCGAAGAAAAAGAGGAGGAAAAGAAAGAGAGCAAGGGAGAGGAAAAGGAAAAAAAAGAGAAUGAAGAAAAAGAGGGUGGAGAGAAAGAGGGUGAAGUGAAAGAAGGUGAAGAAAAUAAAGGUGAGAUGAAGGAGGGAGAAGAAAAAGAAGAGGAAAAGAAAGAGAGUGAAAGUAAAGAGGAUAAAGAAAAAGAGGGCGAAGAAAAAGAAGGAGAAGGCAAAGAGGGCGAAGAAAAAGAUGAAGAAAAGAAAGCAGGUGAGGAAAAAGAAGAGGCGGAAGGUGAAAAACAGGAAAAGAAAGAGGGCCAGGAAAAAGGAGUGGGAGAAAGUGAGGAAGAGGAAAAGAAAGAGAAUGAAGAAAAAGAAAGUGAAACGAAAGAGGGUGAAGAGAAAGAGGGUGAAGUGAAAGAAGGGGAAGAAAAAAAAGAGGAAAAGGAACAGGGCGAAGAAAAAGGAGAGGAAAAGAAGGAAAGUGAGGGUAAUGAAGAAAAGAAAGAGAGUACGGAAAAGGAAGAGAGUAAAGAGAAAGAGGGAGAAGAAAAAAAAGAGGAAAAGGCAGAGGGUGAAGAAAAAGAGGGCGAAGAAAAAGAGGGCGAAGAAAAAGAGGGUGAGCAAAAAGAGGGUGAGCAAAAAGAGGGUAAGAAAAAUGAGAGUGAAGAGAAAGAGGGUGAAGAAAAAGAAGAGGAAAAGAAAGAAGGUGAAGGGGAAGAAGAGGAAAAGAAAGAGAAUGAAGAAAAAGAGGAGGGAAAGAAAGAGGGUGAAGAGAAGGGAAAUGAACCGAAAGAAGGUGAAGAAAAAGAAGGAGAAGAAAAAGAGGAAGGGAAUAAAGAAGAGAAGAAGAAAGAGGGUGAAGAAAAAGAAGGCGAAGAAAAAAAAGAGGAGAAGAAAGAGGAUGGAGAAAAAGAAGAGGAAAAGAAAGAGGGUGAAGUGACAGAAGGUGAGGAAAAAGAGGAGGAAGCGAAAGAGGGUGAAAAAAAGGAAGAGGAAAAGAAAGAAAGUGAAGGGAAAGAAGAGGAAAAGAAAGAGAAUGAAGAAAAAGAGGAGGGAAAGAAAGAGGGUGAAGCGAAAGGAAAUAAAUCGAAAGAAGGGGAAGAAAAAGAAGGUGAAGCAAAAGAGGGUGAAGAAAAAGAGGAGGAAAAUAAAGAAGAGGAGAAUAAAGAAGGCGAAGAAAAAGAAGAGGAGAAGAAAGUGGGUGGAGAACAAGAAGAGGAAAAGAAAGAGGGUGAAGUGACAGAGGGUGAAGAAAAAGAGGAGGAAGCUAAAGAAGGUGAAAAAAAAGAAGAGGAAGAGAAAGAAGGUGAAGGAGAGGAAGAGGAAAAGAAAGAGAAUGAAGAAAAAGAGGAGGGAAAGAAAGAGGGUGAAGAGAAAGGAAAUGAACCGAAAGAAGGACAAGAAAAAGCAGGUGAAGCAAAAGAGGGUGAAGAAAAAGAGAAGGAAAAUAAAGAUGAGGAGAAGAAAGAGGGUAAAGAAAAAGAAGGCGAAGAAAAAGAAGAGGAGAAGAAAGAGGGUGGAGAAAAAGAGGAGGAAAAGAAAGAGGGUGAAGAGAAGGAGAGUGAAGAGAAAGAGGGGGAAAAGAAAGAGGGUGAGGAAAAAGAGGAAGAAAAGAAAGAGGAUGAAGAGAAAGGGGGCGAGGACAAAGAAGUAGAAAAUAAAGAAGGUGAAGGGGGAGCGAAGGAAGACGAAGAAAAAGAAAUCGAAGAGGAAAAGAAAGGCAAAAAAGGAAUUAAGAGAAAUAAAACCAAAAAAGAGCAAAAGAAGAGGAGAGAAAUGUUUCCAUUUUUUCCUCCUUUCGCCUAUCCCUUCCCAGCUAGACCAUUUCAGCAGUACAUGUACUCUGCACCAGCAGUACAGCCGUACUCUGCGCCAGCAGUACAGCCGUACUCUGCGCCAGCAGUACAACCGUACUCUGCGCCAGCAAUACAGCAGUACUCUGCCCCAGUAGUACAGCAGUACUCUGCGCCAUAUAUGUCACCAUUUGGAGCUUACCCGGAACCCUAUCCCAUGAAAAGCAGCUAUUCUUAUUUUUUUAAGUAGAAUAUAAUACCUACAAAAGAUUAAUAAUGACUCUUUAGAUGAAGCAAAGUCAACAACUAUAUAUUACUAAAAUCAAAGUCUUAUUCUAAUUUAUUAACUAAUUUUUUAUUGUCUUUGUAAGACUGAUAGUACCGAUAAUUAGUUUUAAAUAAUAAUAAUACUUUGAUAAUUUGUUGCAGUUCUAAGUUUUUUUUAAUUUAUAUGUGAAUUUUUAGCUCGUAUGUGAGACGUAUACAAAAAAUAUUUCAUUAUAAAUAAAUGGAAAAAUUAUUGUAAAAUGAAAAAUUUUGAAAUGUAAAAAUUAUUUCAUCAAAUAAUUUGGUCUAGAAAAGGUAAAGGUUUUUAACAAGCCUCCGAGUCAAAAUACUCAUCGUAUCUGUGAUUUUUGAAGUAAGAAAAGACUCACGUUUCUUGCAUGUUUCUUGUGUGUAUGGUUUCAGGAUAAAGUUUUUAUUAUUCUGUAAGUAAAUGUUGGUUUAUUAAAUGAAAUUGUUAGUGGAAA